CCGCUUCAGCCUUUUCAGUCCGAAACUGCAUGUUUUGAAUCAGAUGGUAUUUUUUGUUAUAAAUGUGAUCAAGCAUUUAACUUCCUGUGCACUUUGAGAAUGAUUUCACAGUAAUCUCGCUCUUAAGCUUGAAGGUAAUGGAGUUCGUCGUUCCCUCUGAUAAAAUCGAUAUUCUACUCAGGAGUUCCAAUUAUAUCAGUACGUUAUUUAAUGUACAAUUUUCAGUACAGCGCGAGGUUGUAAACGGCAAACAAUGGGUAAAAAUUUGCUCCCGGCAAGAUAGAAGAGAGGACUUGCAAAAAGCCAAAGAAUACAUUGAAGCACUGUGCUGCCCAGCAAUCACUAUUGAAGCUAUUCCAAAUGAUACUCGAGUGAYACAAAAUCUUGACACUAUUUCUAAGACSUAUGGUGUCGUAGCUAAUGCCGACAGGAACAACAUAAAACUACGAGGUAGUCAAUUCAACGUCGCGCUAGCUAAAUCAUGGAUAGAGGGAGAAGACGAGGCUAAGCCAUCAUCAAGAACUAAUGCUACCACCGAAGCUGCCUCAAGCAUACAAACAUGUAAAAAGUUUGCUACGAAACUAGGAUACAGUGAGACCGACAUCGAAGUUGUAGCCGAGACUCUAGCACCGGGACCUGUAGAUACCAACACGUUUCUACAAGAACUUAUUUAUCGUGCUCGACCUAAAACUACUACUGCUACCACUCUUAGUAAGACAGUUUCUGAUAAACGAAGGACAGAUGUUGUUCCACGUGGAAUAUCAGCUCGUUCUAUGCCAUACGAAAGUGAAAGGACAAUUGAGCGGCAAAGACGAAGAUUUGAAAACGUGCAACCGGACGGACAUUGCAGUAAUCAAGAUGUGUGUCCUAUCAUCAUUGAUGGAAGCAAUGUUGCAAUGCAUCAUGGCAAUCACAAAGUCUUUUCCUGCCGUGGCAUUUGUCUGUGUGUGGAUUGGUUUAAAAAACGUGGCUGCACGGAGGUGUAUGUUCUUGUACCACGUUACCGUGCUGAGGCGCCACGACAAGGCUACCCUAUACAAGAUCAGCACCUUCUAAUCGAAUUAGAAAAAACGGGCGUGGUCAAGUUUACACCAUCGCGGCGUAACGAUAACGGUAGGGAUAUUGUUUGUUACGACGAUCGCUUUAUUCUGGAAUCAGCUCACGAACUGGAAGGAGUUAUUGUAUCCAAUGAUGAAUACCGCGAUUUAAAGCGCGAGAACGCGGUUUGGAAGCAUAUCAUAGAGAAAAGAGUCUUAAUGUUUUCUUUUGUUCGCGAUCUAUUCAUGGUGCCCGAAGAUCCUCUUGGAAGGAAGGGUCCCAGCUUGAAUGAAUUCUUGAAAAGAAGAACAAACGGAAUGCAUCGUAGAAUAUGUCCAUGGUUUGCAAGUGGGAAUUGCACAUUUGGUUCCAAAUGUCGUUAUGAUCAUCCAGACAGAGUACAGGACAAUAGAGAGAACAGGGAAGCUCGUCAAGGAUAUCAAAGACAACAACAUGCACAACAACAACCGUCUCUCCAGCAAGACCAUCACCAUCUAUCACCGCAAGAAUAUUUGUAUGAUCUACACAUGCAACAUCUGCAAGAAAAUCAUCAACAGCAACAGCARCUACCACAACUUGGUCAUCGCCAGCAAGAUCACCAACAAAUGUCAAGCAGUUUUGCUUCUGUAUAUAGCAUGCCACGGCAAUACUCCUACACUCCGCCCAACUCAUUUGGAUAUAAUAAUAGCAGCAGCAAUCAACAAACAUUAUUUACAGAACUCACUGACAUGUUCCCCGAUAUAGAUGUCCAAUACAUUAAACUUUUACUUGAGGAAAACACUGAAAGACAAAAUAUCGACAAGCUCAUAGAUAAGUUGCUUCAAGUAUAAGACUCUAAUGACAUUCAGUCAAUGUAAACCAACAAUCCUAGACAAAACUGAAUUGGACAGAACGCUAUUACUGCGCUCUAGCAGAUGUGCUCUCCUAUGGGCUGUUUUAAUGCUUACUCAAAGCCUCCCCCU